AGCUGUUUUGACAGCUACAUGGCCAACACAGUUGGCACCAGGGCAUCGCGAAAGUGAUGCGGUUGAUAGGAUGCUUGCGUGCCACGAUUCUAGCCGCUUUAGCCACCUUGGCCUCUGCUGGGGUGAAGGGCUUUGGCAUCGUUUUUGAUGUCGAGCCUCCUCAUGGCUCCACGGCGGGCGGCACGGAGCUGCACAUCACGGGCGCUGGCUUCGCAUACGUGACACAGGUGCUUAUUGGCGGAAAAGAAUGUCAAAUUUUCGAGCCGAUGACGAAGGAUGGUGAGUUGACUUGCUAUUCACCAGCCUUGCCACAGCUUCGUGGACGCCGCAGUGGCCACGAAGUGGAAGUGUGGUUUACGUCAGGUCACCGCGCUCAAUGGCGCGGGAAGCUCUUCAGGACUUAUGAGAGAUUCACGCCAUUUAUCAAUUAUGUGCGACAGCAAGCGCUGCCUGUCAUGAACAAUGUGAGCUGGAGUGGCGAUCUCCUGAAGGAACUGGAAUUGAACCAGCAAGAAAUUUUCCUAGACACAGGUGAAAAGCGUAAUGCUACGGAGAUCAUGCAUGCCUACUUGGGCACUGGCAUUGAAGUAUUGGCAGACAAAGGGGGAAGAGAGGAGUUCCGCUGCGACAUCAUCGAGACACCCACGCGUUAUGAUGGAGUGUGCGAAGUGGCUGUGGGAACUCCAGCAGGUUACUACAACUUCACUUAUGUGAUGCAGGAUGGAGAAACUGGGAAUGGCCAUGGGCGAAAUCGUUGGGAUGUUGAUGGCCUUCCUUUGGUGAACCUCGAGGGCCGGGAAUAUGUCUUGGAGGUCUUCCCAACUCUGCAGUCCUUGAAGACCAAGAAGGUGGGGCGUCUUGGUGGCAGCCUGAUCACGCUGGAGGCCAACGCCUUGGAAAUCGGCAAAGGUGACUUCGCCUCGCGCCACGAGGUUCUCAUCGAUGGCGUGCCAUGCGAAGUCAAGGACAUGUUGAAGAGAGGCAACAAUCAGUCCGUCAGCUGUCUGGCGGGGAAGCUCAGCGAACGUUCCCCCGUGUGGCCGAAGCGCCUCCCCUUGGGCAGCUGGGCAACGGCUUGGCUGCGCUCAGAGCGCAUCGGCCCGGGCCCAGGGACUUUUGCCAUAGGGACGCCUUCACGGUCAGUCCAAAGAGCCUGGCAGAUCAGCGACCGAAUGGAGUUACUUCAUGAGAAGGUCCAGUGCAAUGGAGCUCGCUUUGGAUUAGGGACCACGCAUAGCCUUCAGGAGUGCGCGGACAACUGCUUCUGGAUGAACUGUCGAGUUUUUGACUUCAAGCGAGAGGUGGGCUGGUGCACUUGGUGUUUAGACCUGAACGACGAUCAGACGGACGUGCUGUCCACCACUUCGUCGCGCCGGCGGAAUUUUAAGACUGCAUCAGUGGGAGGAGUCUAUCGCUUAGCCACGACGAUGGAGAAGUACUUGAUUGACGAAGUGAAGCAAGGCCCCAAUUGGAAGAUCCUUUAUGCGAAUGGCUUGAGAUGUAAAGGUAGUGUUCACUAUGCCACGGCAACUUUGACUUCGGGACGCUUGACAGGUGCUAGCGUGCAGCAGUGCGCAGAUUACUGCUCUGCCCACCGGGCCAGUGUCAUGGCGAACUCCAUUGUGUGUGGCAGUGUGACGAGCUCACGAAAUCAGCAUGAAGCAAAGUUGAGGUUGUGGAAUCCCCCCACUCCAACCGACGAUGCAUAUGACAAAUCAAGAAAGUGAGUGAGAAGCAGGGCUCCUUUUGCAUGAUGCCGAUGAGUCAUCCCAACAAGAGGAUUUGGUCAUCCAAAAUACCGUUUCCUUCGGAUGGUGCCUUUCGCGUCAGAUCCCGAAGUGUCCGAUCGCACCCUCUGAGACACUCCUGGGGGUCAGUGCAAAUACUUUGGCCUCCUCUUCGAAGCCUCGUGGAAGUAUGAAAUGCGCUGUGCCACUUGGCGAAGUGCGGCCGCUUUUGAGUCGCGACCUGCGCUUUUGUCCGACUUCUUGGUGUAAUUCCGGCCACCGAAAAGGAGUAUAGAAUUCUUGGCAGGUCGCAUGUGCACUCCAACAAUGGCACCUGAAACAUCCUGAAACUAUUUGUAGCCCUUAAGGUUUUCUUCAACGACAACAGCGGUUAUGGCGACGAUGGUGCAGAGUCGGGUGGCCGAUCAUGAAGCUUGGACAGCAAGUGACACUUCACCUAAAUAGGUGGCUGCUUCGCCCAUUGGCCAAGCAACAUUAAGAAAAAAGAAAGAAGAAGAAGAAGAAGAAGAAGAAGAAGAAGAAGAAGGCAGAGCAAGAAGAAGACAAGCAAGCAGAAAAAAGAAGCAGAAAGAAGAAAGGAGCAGGAACAAGAAGAAGAAGCAAAAUGAAGAACCUCCAGCAAGAUAAGCUUAUCUAAACGAAGUAUUGUGCAAAGUUAAAGUUCCUUCUGGAGCACUUUGGCACCAAACUAGAAGUUUUGCAGCGACGCCAGCCUGUGUCGGCGAGCCCUAAACCCAAAACCCUUGAAGAUCUGUGCGUGUGUGUGUUUGUGCGCAUGUGUGUUUGGCGGGUCUUUGCUUGUGGCCCGGGAAAGAAGUAAGUAUUAGGCUCCAAAGAUUACUUAUUUCGAUUUUUGCACUUUUGUGUGUGUGUAUUUUUUUUGAGGUUGUGUGAUGCAUUCCGAC